UCAAGAAUGCCAUGCGAAACCUCUUUGUUGGUUCUGGCACCUUAUUGAUUCUAGCAGGUUACCUUGCUGUUUGCGGAUACCGUUGGCUUGCUUGAUCGAUUUAGCCAUAAAUUGGAAGUGUGUGAAUGCGCCUCUGUGCCUGCUCAGAAACCCCGAGCUUCUGACAGGUUAGGCUGUUCCCCUGCUAUUGAUGGACAUUUACGCCAUUGCAAGGUUUAUUUAGUAAGGAGGCUCCAGAGUUUUCACUGCUUGGGUUGAGAAGUGAGCGUGUCUUGUGUUUCCAUGGGCCUCUCCUUUAUGAAGCAAAGUGUGUGAAAGUUUCCAUUAAGGAGAAACAGGUGAAAUACUUCAUCCACUACAGCGGUUGGAAUAAGAACUGGGAUGAGUGGGUACCAGAGAGUAGAGUACUCAAAUACGUGGACACCAACCUACAGAAGCAGAAAGAACUUCAGAAAGCCAAUCAGGAUCAGUAUGCAGAAGGGAAGAUGAGAGCAGCAGCUCCAGGAAAGAAGACUGCUGCCCUUCAACAGAAGAAUGUAGAAGUGAAAACAAAAAAGAACAAACAGAAAGGCCCUGGCAGUGGGGAGGGUAGCAGCACCAAUGAGACACCCCAGCCCCCGCGCAAGAAACGGGCUCGUGUGGAUCCCACUGUAGAAAGUGAGGAGACGUUUAUGAACAGGGUUGAGGUGAAAGUAAAAAUCCCUGAAGAAUUGAAGCCUUGGCUUGUGGAUGACUGGGAUCUCAUCACACGGCAGAAACAGCUUUUUAAUCUUCCUGCCAAGAAGAAUGUGGAAGCUAUUUUGGAGGAUUAUGCCACAUAUAAGAAAUCCCGUGGGAACACAGACAAUAAGGAAUUUGCAGUGAAUGAGGUUGUGGCUGGAAUAAAGGAAUAUUUCAAUGUCAUGCUGGGUACUCAGCUUCUUUAUAAGUUUGAACGUCCUCAGUAUGCAGACAUCUUGGCUGAUCACCCUGAUGCCCCCAUGUCACAGGUUUACGGAGCACCCCACCUUCUGCGUCUUUUUGUUCGCAUCGGAGCUAUGCUGUCCUACACGCCUUUAGAUGAGAAAAGCCUGGCCCUUCUGUUGAACUAUCUCCAUGAUUUCCUGAAGUAUUUAGCCAAAAAUUCAACCACGCUGUUCAGUGCAAGUGACUAUGAGGUGGCACCCCCGGAAUAUCACAGGAAAGCAGUAUAAUGCCAUGAUGACCUUUUUAUUUGUCCUGGAUAACGCUUUGGCGACUGUUAGUUGUGUCUGACUGGUGAUACAGGACAUUUUCCAGUUCACUGCCCUCCCUAAUCCAUGCCGGACAUGAAGAGUACAUUUUUGAGUUAACUGUAAAAAAGUUCUCUAACAACCAGCCGCUGGAUUGAAGAAUUUAUUGGCAGGAAGACACAUCUGACCAGUCAUAACUUCACCCAUCCUGUUACACAGCAGAUCUUCCGAGUACUUCCAUAUACUUGGAGGAAAUUAAUCUCUAUAUUCCCAAUUCUCCACAAUUUCUGUUCAGCACACACUCCAAUCCAAGACCUGGCCGGCUGUAAACCUGAUUCGAUGAGCUCGGUCCUUUUCACCGGUCUUUUCCUUUGAGACUUUACGUGAAGACGGCUUGAGUUUCAUCAAAAUUGACUGAUGCGGACUGUGGUUGAAGGACAUGCUUUGUCAAUAGAGCGUGAUGCCCCACAAAAGGGGAAACAUUCUUUGGUGUGGAGCAGGAUCGUGCUUGUCGCGUCUUUUGUAAAAGUUUUUGUGUAUUUUGAAAGGAGUUUGGACUGCUAGAUGCCAGAAAUUAAGUGGAAC